AUGUAUUGCUGGGUAUAUGAUUAUACCCUAGCACAGGCGAUUGAUUUCUGCGAUUGUUCGAAGAAUAUUUACAUUAAAAUCAAAGACCUGAUCUUGCAAGUAAUAUCCGAACAAGAGCCAGAAAUGGUUAAAAUGGGUGGAGAAGAUAUUAGGGCGCAGUGUGACGAAACUGCUAUCUGUAAUGGGGUGUUAAUACCCAACCCAUCUAGUGCCCUAGACAACAAACCUAACGUACAAUGA